UUCAUGUUCAAUAAAUCAUCGGCGGUUCUUAACUCGCGAGGACUAAUUUUUCCCCCGCAAGUUUACGUGUGCGUGUUUUCAUACGAAAAACACAGAGAUUAAAAUUAUAUACUAUCUUAUCUGAGAUAAUCGAAAAGUUCCCGUUUGUUGGUUGUCAGUUGCAAAAUUAUACACUUUUUCGUUGUUUAUUGUUAAUAAAUGGAUAACAAUUAAACUCGUCAUUUGAGUAUAUUUAUGUGAAUUUUUUCGUGCUGGCAAGAUGUGCAAAUGUUGUCAACACUGUCUGGAAUCAUGCUACUGGAACCUUAUAGAAGAAAAAUUCUGCUUCGACGAGAGCAUAGCCUUGUACGAAGAGCCCGUCACAAAGUCAAGCGAAAAAAAUAACAACAUGUUUGAUAAUAUGGCAUUUUUUGAUAGUGUAUCUGUGAUAGCUGGACGUGCGAUUGUUACAAUCGAACCCCUGGAACCGCACCGGACCAAAAAACCACCCUCGCAGCCUGUGUCGGAGCAACCGAAAAAAAGACUGAGGAACUGGCCGGAAAGGAAUUCGAAAGAUCUCCAACCGGAGUUUUUGCGAAAGGGAAAAGCGCCGUUGAUUAAACAAGAUAACUCUAGCGACACAGACGGUGGUACCGAGAGCGAGACGCCCCAAGAAAAGCUUUUACAUAAAAAAACACCAAAUAAACUACUCACCGAAAAAUUCCCUAUGAAAAAAUCGGUGAGUUUCCAUAACAUUCCAGAAAAGUCCAGCAGUUCAGGCGACGAAACCGAUUACAAAUUCAAAACUCAAAGCCUGAUAGUGCCGGAAGAGGACGAAGUCACCUUGAGGGCCAAGUCGCUGAGAGAAAGGCGAAUGUCGAAGAGUUUGUCUUUAAAAAUUGGAGAUAUUAUUCCCAAAGAGCUUCCGAUCAUCCGUCAAAACUCGAUGCCGAAAUUCUACCUGGACACCCCCGACGAAAACCAAAUAAGAGACUCCACCCUAAUGCGACAAGCAACCUUGGUACUCAAAAGCCCCAUGGUAGCGUCGGGCGAGUUCAAUUUCGACCUGUACUCCGUAGUGCAAAUCGAAAAAGACCGUCAGAUUAUAGAGGCGAAAAAUCCACCAGCCCCUAUACACCGCGAAACCUCAAAGUUGAAUUUACUCAAAGAUAAAAUUAUGCUCAAAAAAAGCAAAAGUACUGUCAGUGCAAGUAAUUUACCUUAUAGCAAUCAUAUGUAGGAUGUAGGAGUAUUAUUCAGUUAGUUAGUUUAUAGGAAAAUAUUCAAAAACAAAGUGAUUCUUUUUAGGUUUAUUUACAAGUCACAAAUUUUAAAUAAGACAUAGAUAUAAAAACCAUCAUUGUACAUUUAUUAUUAAAUUAAUUAAGUCCCUCUUCAUUGGAUGCCGGUUGCACAAAAUUGAGCAGCAAUGAGGAGCUUUUAGGCGAAUAAAACCGUCACGUUUGAGCACCAAACAAAAAAAGAAAAAUUGUGCUUUCAACUCAAAAAUUAUUAUAAUAUGCAUGCACCAUCAUAUUAUUAUUGAUUGGUUUUCAAUCGAGUGUUUUCAAAAAUCACUGUAUCGAAAAUGUUAUACAUUUUCAAAAUACUAAUUCUAGGUUCCUUGUUGUACACUAUUUUGAAAUAAAGUUUAUUUUGUACAUGAAACGAAAAAUGUGUCUAUCAAAGGGCUUUUAGUCUCAGUUAGCUUGGCGAUUAAACAAGAAAUACUUGUGGUUUAACAGAACAGACAUGUUAGUCCUAUAUUGACAAGCUAACUGAACUGACUGUCUAAUAGGCCCCUUAUGAAUGCUUUCAACAAUUUGUUUUAUUAAUUCACAAACCUUUGCCAGCUAAAUGAGAUCAAGAUGUGUACAUAAAAAAAUUUAUGAGGAAUAUUCGAUUAAUUAAUUAAAUUAAUCACCGAUUUAUUCUUAAAAUACAUUUAUGGCGAAAUUAUUAUUAAACUUGGAAAAAAGCUGAUACGCACAUUAUACAAUUGCUUAUGUCGAUACAAAUUGAAAAAAAAACCCGGAACAGUGCCCUCUAUAUUAGUUUGACAUCAAAAAACUACUUUAAUGGCUUGAGGUAACUCUUCCAAAAGAGUUAUUUUUGAAGGUGGCUUAAAACCUUUACCAGCUUUACUUAUUGUUACUUUAGUUGAGUUCGUCAGAAUAAAACAAAAAUGUAGUUGAAGCAACAAUCUACUAAACGCAACCGCUGUAUAGAAAAAUCGAAUUGUAAAAAAUAUCCUUCAAUUAAUUUAACUAAUCGGAUCACGUUUUCCAGUUGUGACGUUGUCCUGGAGUAGGAGGAAUC